AUGCAGUCACUCAUAUGGCUCGUGGUAUUGAGAGCACUCGAAGUGCAUGCUAGGCCUUAUUCGGAGGCUUCGGCACUCAAGGGAAGGGGGAUAUUUAUUCCUGUCACAUCUUCAGUGGUGCCCAGCGUCUCAGUGAGCACAUCUACCAACGGCGCUGCAUCGGCUCAGAUCCUUCCAACCCCCAGCGCUGUCAGACCAGACACCAUCGGAGUCGUUUUUACAAGCCUAAAAACAGAUGGACUGCCAACUGUCCAACCAUUGAUUUGCACCUCGAUUGCUACCCCUAUCUCAAGACUUUUGGUAACUGGACCAGUAAUGCCCAUUUUCAACAAAGUCCAAGCAGAUACUGCUUCAAGCAAUAUUUUCCAACCUAUUGCUACGGAUAGCCCACCUUCUCAAAUCGGCAGUCGGCCAGAUCACCCCGUGGCGAGACUCGGUAUCAAACCUCAGACCUCGCCUCUUGGAACAAACAAAUUCUAUGCCAACUUCUUCCUGGGCAGUCAGUCAUCUUCGUCAUGGACCCAUCCUUACUCUCUGGCGUGGUCCAAGGGUGGAGGAACUUCAAAGAGCUGGGGAAUGUCAGUCGCACAUAUCAAUGAUAAUCAGAAGGUUUUUGGGCCCAACGCUACUGCCAAUCCACCGCAAUACUUCAUCAAUCCUAUUGGUAUCCAGUCACUAGUCCUCUCCGCUUUGGAACUUGGGAACUCUACGCAACUCAGCACCGACUCCUUGACCGCGUUUUCUGCGAAUGUAAAUCUGAUUCCUAGCUCUGGAGCUUCCCCAGCUAUCACAUUUCCGUUGGUCCAAGGGAUGGGGUUCGUUACCGCUAUAUACAACGGUGGAACUCCUGUAUUGCAAUCCGGAAUACUUUUUCGCUCAGUUACCAAGUCAACUACAUCGAUUAAACCAGGCAUCACGAAGUUUACGAUUGUGCUUGAGGAUGGGAAGAAAUGGUUACUUUACGCACAAGGUUCCGGGCUCGAUCUUACUGUUGUCAACAAUGGCUUGGUGCAGGCGACCUCUACUUUUAAAGGCACUGUUCAAAUUGCAAAGGACCCCGGAGAAGCUGAAGGGCUAUACGACGCUGCUUGUGGGGCUUAUCCAACGACAACAGAGUUAUCCGGAAAUGUGGACGGCGCAAAAGGAUCUUACACAUUUUCCUUCACCAAGGGCGGUUUACAAAAUACGACUCUAUUGAUGUUUGCUCUCCCUCACCAUGUGGCAUCGUUCUCACCCGCAACUCAAUCCUCCGUUACCAAAGUGCAGCUUACCACAACUACCAAGGGAAAAACUACUGCUGUAAUUGCUGAUAGUUGGAUCCUAGACGAAAACUUACCUAUAGGAAUCGGCUUUGCACCAUGGAAUCCCGCAACCGUUAAAGAUACGGCAUUUUCUGGGUCUACAGCUGGCGCGAUUCGGGAUGUUGCAAAGGUUGAGGUCGCUCAAAACAUGAGUGAACAGAGCAACCUUAACUCGAUGUACUACAGUGGUAAGGCUUUGGCAAAAUUUGCCGGUAUUAUAUACACUCUCAAUGACCUCACGGGAGACACGGGGUUAGCUCAAGCUGGCCUCAAGAACCUGAAGGUGGCCUUUGACGUCUUUACGACCAAUAAACAACAGUAUCCGCUGGUCCAUGAAACUGCCUGGGGCGGCGUUGUCUCUACAGCUUCGUACGUCACCGGGGACUCGGGGGUUGACUUCGGCAACACGUAUUAUAACGAUCAUCACUUCCAUUAUGGUUACUUCAUCUACGCUGCAGCUAUUAUCGGGCAUCUAGAUAACACCUGGCUCACGGCUAACAAAGCCUGGGUUAAUACUCUAGUCCGCGAUAUCGCCAACCCCACCACACAAGACCCCCAUUUCCCCGUCUACCGCAAUUUCGACUGGUAUCACGGACACAGCUUCGCUCAUGGCCUCUAUGAAACAGCCGACGGACGCGAUGAAGAAUCCUCCUCCGAAGAUACCAUGUCCGCCUACGCACUCAAGAUGUGGGGACAGGUAACCGGGGAUGCUAACAUGGAGGCGAGAGGCAACUUACAGCUAGCAAUCACAGCCAGGUCUCUACAGAGCUACUUCCUCUACGAGAGCAACAAUACCAUACAGCCCGCGAACUUCAUCGGAAAUAAAGUCUCUGGCAUCCUGUUUGAGAAUAAAAUCGACCAUACCACGUACUUUGGUGCAAACCCUGAAUACAUCCAAGGAAUUCAUAUGCUUCCGUUGCUCCCUCCUAGCGCCCUGACACGCACAGCGAACUUUGUUAAGGAGGAGUGGGAUGUAUACUUUUCCAAUGGGAGGGCUGAAAAAGUCACUGGCGGAUGGAAGGGAGUGUUGUAUGCGAAUCUGGCGCUUACAGAUCCUAAGGGAAGUUGGAAUUUCUUUUCUCAGGGUAAUUUUGAUGGUAGCUGGUUGGAUGGCGGUGCUAGUAGGACGUGGUAUAUGGCCAUGGCUGCGGGGUUGGGUGGGCUCUAG